AUUAACCAGUUUAACUUUCAGACAUGCUGCUGGCAUCUGUAUGUGCGGUGCUGUGGGUCAGUUGUUGGGGCUCAACCCUGGCUGAGGACCAGCACAUGACCAACGCUCUGAAGCUGAUGUCUGAAACGCCCCUCAUCGACGGCCACAACGACCUGCCCUGGCAACUGCGAAUGCAGUUCAACAACGAGCUCAACAAAGUGAAUCUCAACACACUCAACACAACACACACCAACAUCCCUAAGAUCGAGGAGGGACGUCUGGGAGCUCAGUUCUGGGCAGCCUUUGUUCACUGUGACACUCAGUACAAAGACGCCGUGCGACAGACCCUGGAACAGAUCGACGUGAUUCACAGGAUGUGUCAGAAAUACCCCGACACGUUCGUUCUGGCCACCAGCAGCCGAGACAUCACGGAGGCCUUCGGAGCCAACAGGACGGCCAGUCUGAUCGGGGUGGAGGGGGGGCACUCCCUGGACAGCAGCCUGGGCACCCUGCGCACCAUGUACCGGCUGGGGGUUCGCUACCUCACGCUCACGCACUCCUGCAGCACCCCCUGGGUCGAUAACUGGCUUGUUGACACUGGAUCGGAGCCAGCUCGACACAAUGGCCUGUCUCCGUUUGGAAAGCAAGUGGUUGUGGAGAUGAACCGCCUGGGGAUGAUGAUCGACCUCUCGCACGUCUCCGUAGCGGUGAUGGAACAGGUGCUGGAUAUGUCGAAAGCCCCUGUCAUCUUCAGCCACUCCUCCGCCUACAGCAUCUGUCCACACAGGAGGAACGUCCCCGAUGAAGUUCUACGCACAGUUAAAGAAAAGAGAGGAAUUGUCAUGGUGAACUUCUUCAAUGACUUUGUGACCUGUAGCAAGAACGCUAAACUCUCAGACGUUGCUGAUCACUUUGACCAUAUAAAGAAAGUGGCCGGGGCAGAAAGCGUCGGCUUUGGAGGCGAUUAUGAUGGAGUUCCCAGGACGCCCGAGGGUUUGGAGGACGUGUCCAAGGUUCCCAACCUGGUGGCAGAGCUGCUGAGGAGAGGAUGGAGCGAUGAGGAGGUCAAAGGUGCUCUGGCAAACAACCUGCUCCGCGUCAUGAGAGAGGUCGAGAGGGUUCGUGACGGCCUGAACGGCACAACCCCAGACGACGUUCCCAUUCCGUUGGAGGAGGUGAAGGGCCCGUGCAGGACGAGCUACGGUUACCCCAGCGCCGGAGCCGGAGCCAGGCCCUCGCUCAGCGCGCUGGGCCUCGUGCUCACAGCGGCUCUGCAGGCUGGCGUCACGCGGCGCGUCAGUCUGUAGGAGGUCCGCGAACGCUGCGGACUCAUCAACCUGUAUUAAAACACUUAUUUAAAGGGCCUCCUGGUAGUUGUACUGACUUACUGCAAGUUAACUUUAGUAAACCAAACAAUGAGGCACAAUAUAAAAAAAUAAGUCAACCCACGUUUUGUUUACCUGAGUUUUAGCGUUGUCCUGUGUCAUGACCAGGACAAACGUAUCUCAGCAUCAGGACGCCCGCAUUUCUAGUCGGCGUGCUCCCUCUAGUGUCCAGAGAGGGUACUACUGCAUGAGGUGACUGGUUUAUGUGCAGCACAACUAUCAUUUACUUUUAUUUCCAUUAAUGGUUGCUUAAUGUUUGAGACAAAUCAAAAGAUAUACAGUAUGUUAGUUUUAUGGUUUUUGACUUAAUAUUUUGUUUUAGGCACACGAACACAUUGUUUGACAUUUGCCAAACAAAGCAAUUAUAGACACCAUCUGGAUAACCUUCACUGAAUACAA